UUUAGAGAUGCAAUCAAAUCCGGAAUUCAAGUAAAUACAAGCUCUACUCCAGCACUCUUAGCAACUUAGCACUUUCAACCUUACUUUUGCUUAUAUUACCAAAGCCUACGUUGCCUAAAAAUUGCAUGCGCUUUACAAAAAAACCCAACAAUAAGUAUCAAUUCGAUUUAUUUCUUAUCAGAGCUACUUACAAAUGCUCUAAUAAUUGAUAACUGAGUUAGAAGGCUUCAAGGCAUAGAAUCCUUAGGUGUAAAAUAAAGAUGAGAAUAAAAAGCAUUAUACAGAGUUUGUUUACAAAUUCUUUUAUGAUGCAGAUACCAGAGAAAGGGACGGAGAAGUUUCCUAAGAACUCCUCCAUAUGUUUGGAUCAGUCUAAAAGUCCAUUGAUGUACUCCAAUACUUCGAACCAUUGACUUAAGAUUAAUAAGAAAAGCGUAAUCCUUUACUUUAAUCCUCUAGUUAAGUAUGCCAAAUUCAAGAUGGUAGAAUAGCAUAAAAAAAUCAAGGAUCCUUCCUUGAUCAAACCAAAACCCAAAGAUCCCAUUGAUGAGGAGCUUGAAUAAAUUGCAAAAUAAUAAAUUUAAAUGUCACAGCCUAAAUAGUAGAAUUAAGACCAAUAAUAAUAAUAAUUAUAAGAAAAGUCAACUAUUAUCUAACAACCAAUCUAACCUGUAGCACCUUAAAUAUAAAUUCCCUAGCCUUUGCCAUAAUAGUAAUAGUAAUAAUAGCAAUAGUAUUAAUAACAAUAAUAAUAAUAAUAAUAAUAAUUACUAUAAUAAUAAUAAUAAUAAUAAUAGCAAUAAUAGUAAUAAUUAUUCUCAUAAUAAUAACAACAUUAAUACCAAUAAUAACACUAAUAACAAUCGACUUAACAACAACCAUAAAGUAAUGCUUAUUUGAUUAUUUUAAGUUUAAUAAGUAAAGGCAGAAACUAUUAAAUUGACACCAAUUGAGUAAGUUUAAACAAGAAACUAGGUUAAAACUGUUUUGCAAUAAGCCAUAUCUGAGAUAGAUUUUAAAAAAUAUUAAAAUGCCAAAGAUUAUAUUCAAAAAACAAUAGGAAUGAUAUAAUAAAUAUUAGAUAGUUAGUGA